UGUCUUAACCUCUCUAAAAUAGGUUAAUUUUAUUCUUUCCAUGCUGUAUUUAUUUUGACGAUAUGGGGAAAGUUAAAAAAGAUUCUAAAGGCUCUGAAAGCUUUUCAAAGACACCCAAAAAAUCUCAUGGUGCAGUACAAUCAAUAAAAUCCCCUAUUGUAAGAAAACAGUCUAUUAAAAGUGUUUCGCCGACACCUUUAAAAUUUAAGAAAAGCAAAAAUGAAAAUAAGAACGUGGCUGUUUCAACUAUAAUAAAACAAGAGAGUACUAAAAAAGGAUUAACAGAACACAAGCAAAAUAAAAGUAAAAGAAACGACAUACAGAAUAUAAAGAAGGAUGUAACAGAUUUCGAAACUAAGUUCAAUAUUAAGAUUGAAGAUGUAAAGAGUGCUAUAGAAGGAGUGAUUAAACUUCAUUCAGAAAAUCCUAAAGUUAAGAAUCAACUUUUUGAAGAUGAACCUUUCCCUAUAUCUUUAACAGUAAACUGUCAUAAAAUACCAACUGGAAAUCAGAAAAUAUUAAGAAUUCCUCUAUCACAUAGCCUUUUAACUCCGGAUGAUGAUGUAUGUUUAUUUGUAUCAGAAGUACCUGGAAUUGGAAAUAAAGAACAUGAAAAACAUAUUGAACAUUAUGAAAACUUAUUUGCUAAAAAGGGAGUGACAAAUAUUAAGAAAAUUAUGACUGUUCAUGAGUUUGUAACAGAAUAUGAAACAUAUGAGCAAAAAUUAAGACUUGCAGAUUUGUAUGAGUAUUUUAUAGUAUGUGGAAAGGUCAGUGGUAAAGUUGUUAAGAAGUGUGGAAAAGUCUUUUAUCAAAAAAGGAAAGUUCCAACUUCUGUUAGACUCCAAGUUCCAAAGCUGAAGGAACAUAUUGAUAAACAGUUAUCAAAAGCAUUCUUUCAUAUACAUCUUAAGGGCAACAGUUACUGUACUGAUUUUGGCAGUAGUAAAAUGGAAAUAACUAAAAUAGUGGAAAAUUUUGUUUCUGUUGUUGAAUAUUUAGACAAAGAAUUUCCAGGUGGAUUUGCCAAUAUCAAAGGACUACAUAUUACUGCACCAAGGGCCCCUUCUAUUCCUGUAUAUAUGUCAAUUAAAAAUUCAAAUGAAAUUCCUAAUGUUAGGGUACAACACAAAAAUGACUAUAAGCCAAAAGCAGUCAGAGGAGAAAUAACAACACAGUUAGAUGCAGAAGUUAUUGUAAAACCAUCUGGACAAGUGACUGUUAUCAGAGAAAACAAAACUGGAAAUGCUAAAAAAAGACCUCAUCCAGUAACUGAAGAAAAUAAUGAAACCAUUAAUGAAUUGGAAAAUAUCCCAAUUAAAAAACCAAAAUCUGAAAAAGAUAAAUCACAAAAAGGUGUGAGUGAGGAGAAAUUGAAUGAUAACACUGUUGGAGAAAAGAUCAAGCCUGGUCUAGAUCAAAUUUCCCUAGAAGAACUUCUAAAGAAUAAAAGUAAAACUAAGAACAAGAAAAUGAAAAAUCUUAUUGAAAAUACAGCAACUGAAGAACACUGUCAAAAGGAGAAAAAUAAACACAAAAAUUUAGAACAGAAUAUUUCAGGAGAAAUUCCAAACAAAAAAAGUAAAAUUACGAACAAGAAACUAGAAAUUGAAAAUAACAAGAAAACAAAAAACGCAGCAACUGAAGAAAACUCUCAAAAGGAGAAAAAUAAACACAAAAAUUUAGAACAGAAUAUUUCAGAAGAAAUUCCAAACAAAAAAAUUAAAAUUACAAACAAGAAAAUAGAAACUGCCAUAAAAAACAAGGCAACUGAAGAACAUUCUCAAAAGAAGAAAAAUAAACACAAAAAUUUAGAACAGAAUAUUUCAGAAGAAAUUCCAAUCAAAAUAAGUAAAAUUACAAACAAGGAACUAGAAAUUGAAAAAAAGAACAAGAAUAUUGUAAAUGGUAUUGAAAACACAGAAACUGAAGAAAACUCCCAAAAGAAGAAAAAUAAACACAAAAAUUUAGAACAGAAUAUUUCAGAAGGAAUUCCAAACAAAAAAAAUAAAACUACAAACAAAAAACUAGAAAUUGAAAAUAAGAAUACACCCAUUAAAGAAAAUUCUCACAAGCUGAAGAAGCACAAAAUUGUUGAAAUUGAAACAGAUGAGGUUAUUAAAAGAACAAAAUCUGCAAAAAAGAUUCAAAAAAUUAAACAUCUAAAUAAUUCAAUAAUAAUUGAGGAUCUCUCAAGCAGCCCUAUGCUCACAAUAACAAAUCAUGAAACAGCUAUAUAUCAAACAAGAAAACCUGUCAGAAAAGGAGGCAACAAAAAGAAUAAAAAAAUAGAAAUUAGUUUGUAAAUGAAUGUAAAAGUUUAAGUGUUGUUGCUGUAAGAAAAAAAUAUGUUUAAUUAAUAAAGAAGUUUUUAAUUUU